CAGGUUCAUAUAACGUUGACUUGAUCGUUAUUGAGAUAAAAGACGGCGAAUGUACAAAGUCCCUUGAUUGACAGGCAGUUGUUUUUAUAAUAUGAAUAUGUUUUGCAAGUGCAAGGUAAUCACUCACUAGUAAAAUGCGCCUCCUAACUCACAGCAGAAUCAAAACAUGGAGAUUUGCUGUUCUUUUAAAUCUGUUGUCGGUGGAAUCUGUGGUUUUGACCGUAAAGAUCGUGCAUAUGAUACACAGGUGAUACCUCUAUUGACAUGCAAGAAAGACAUCUCGAGUCACUUGCGGAGUUGCAAGUUUUCUGGCCCUGAAAAUGAGGUGGAUUUAAUUUUGUCUCGCGCUGGUUUAUUCAAGACCCCCCAAAACAUAGAAGAAAUAACCAUUUGUCCAAACCAUCGUUCUGUUCUUGGCAUUGGGUGGAGUCGGGGCUCUAACACUAGAUGUAGGAUACCCCAAGAAGUUUCUGGACACAAAUGGAAGGGGAAAAUACCAAAGGCGGACAGAGGUAUUGGAAAAGGCGCAUCUCAGAUGCUGUUGAAACAAACUGGAACAUUUAUUCAAGCUGGUUCUGGUAAGUGUCCUUAAAAGUCAUCUCUACUUGAUAGCCUCCUGAUUUUAUGAGCACAGGAUAACGUUUUCGAUUUACCAUUCAACCUAGGAAUGUGCACCAACUGUGAAAAAAAGUUAAAACAAAUAGAGCUUGAAGAGAAUUUUGCAAUGGAUUUUGAGAAGUUUCAAUUGACGGAUGAAGAUCCAGAGGUUUCCUUUAAAACACCACUGAAGUCAAGUCCAGCUGCCUCAGUCUGUGCAUUACACGAAACACCCGUGAGCCUUUACCAGCCUUCAGAGGCACAGUCCGUAUCCUUGGUUCUURAAGAAGACAAAUCCAUUACMUAUGAGACACCUAGAGACCACCUCAACGCAUUUCUAGCUUCACGGGAUAUAAGCCCGAUUCGCCACUCAUUGGUAACACCAUGGGACACAGYGUCAGCGCGAACAAAACGCUACCAUACUCGAAAGGCAAAACAAGUUGUCGGCGCAUGUCUUGAAGAGAUUGCGCCCCAAGACCACCAACAGCUCCUUAGCUCGGUCUGUAGUUCUUAUAACACUUGCGAUAAUAUAGAUUCUGCUUUGCUAGACGCGCUCACUGAGUGUUACAACAACGCUGGACAUUGGAGUCAUCCUUGUAAAAUCCACCAUACAAGUAACGCCUAA